AUGGAGGCCAUCGCGGUGGAUCCAGACUUGUACGCCCCUGAAUGCGCUUAUAGCCCCGAUGACUGGCAGUCAGAGACUACCUCGAUUAGGUCGUCAAUUUAUCGUGGUUUAAUGGACAAUGGGAGGCGAUAUCAAUCGCUUUCGAACAAAGAAUAUUGUAUUCCAUCCGAUGAACAACAAUUUGAGACCUAUGAGGCAGGGUACAUAUUUCAAAACCCCAGUCCAGAACACGCCUCUGACUAUCACCGCAGGCAUCUCGUGGAUCUCAUCAUGGACUCAGAUCGAGCUAAUCCACUGUUUCGGUCACCCAUCGAGACUGACGGAGAACGCCCGCUACAGGUUCUCGAUAUCGGAACCGGAAAGGGCACUUGGGCCAUCGAUGUCGCUGAUAUGCUCCCGAAUGCUACCGUCCGAGGCGUUGACCUUUUCCCACCUCCGGUGACCUGGAUGCCGCCCAAUUGCGUCAUCGAGGUUGAUGAUGUGCUGCAAGAGUGGACAUGGCGCGAACAAUUUGAUCUAAUUCACAUGCGCAAUAUGAUCGGAUCAUUCAACUCUUCUGAGUGGGACCUUGUUUACAAGCAUUGUUUUGAGAAAAUGGCCCCUGGGGGGUGGAUCGAACAAAUCGAGGUCGGGCCUUUUAUCACAAGUGACGAUGGGACUCUCCCAGCCGAUAGUGCCUUGUCCUCGUGGGGUCCGCUUAUACAAACAUGCGGUGACCGCGCUGGUCGCUCUUGCGAUAUCAUCCUCACCAUGUCGGAGAGCAUCCAGAACGCUGGAUUUGUGGACGUGCACGAAAAGAUCUACAAAUGGCCAAUUGGGCCAUGGCCGAAAGACCAAAAGUUCAAGGAGGCAGGUGUGGUCAAUUGCCAACACUGGAUGUCUGGUAUGGAGGGAUGGUGCAUGUGGCUGCUAACGAAAUUUGGUGACCCUGAGCCGUGGACUAAGGAGCAAGUUCAUGUAUACUGUGCCAAGAUACGCAGUGAACUCAAGAACCCAUACUACCAUGCGUAUCACAAAGCCAGAAGAGUGUGGGCUCGCAAGCCGAUGCCUGGUGAAGUCCCGCCUAGGUCCUCAAAACCCAGUUCCGGUUCUGCUAGGGCAAAAUAAUGAACCCAUCCGAGUGGGUGAC